UUCAGGCAUCCGAACAAGUCUGGACUGUUCUGCUGCUGCCCCCACCUCUACUCUCGCUUCUCCUCAGCCCGAACCAGCCGACAGGGAUGCAGGACAGCAGCUGCUGAGCUCCAGAAGCCUUGUUUGGUGGUCUUGUGACACAGUAGCCGCGAGCAGGUGAGCAUUGCAGGCACCGAGCGGGGAGAGAAGGCUGGAUAUGCCACAGGUGGAACGGUUGGGAGCGACACACGGAUUAAAGAACCUCAGGUUGUAAAGAUGAGGGGCUGGAUUUUCAGCGCCAUGCUGCUGCUGUCACUCACGGCACACGCUGAAGCUCAGGGCAGGUGUAAUAACGUCCAGGCAGCAGACAUCCUUUUCCUAGUGGACGGAUCGUCCAGCAUUGGGAGACCUAACUUCCUGCAAGUGAAAGGCUUCAUAGCUGGGAUCAUCAAACCUUUUGCAAGAUCCGUAAGCGAGUCAGGAGUUCGCGUUGGGCUAAUACAGUACAGUGACACCUCCAGGGUUGAGUUCACCUUUAGAACUUACACCAACGGCACGGCGCUGAUCAAGGCUGUGCAGAGUCUCAACUACAAGGGUGGAAACACACACACUGGUGCUGGUCUGAAGUUUGUCGCGGACAACUUCUUUAACCCCUCGUACAGCCGGGAUGUCCCAAAGAUCGUUAUCUUGAUCACGGACGGGAAGUCGCAGGACAGCGUGCAAGAACCGGCGCAGAAGCUGCGAAAUAACGGGGUGCACAUCUUUGCGGUUGGCAUUAAGAGCGCGGACAGCAAUGAACUGGCUGAGAUUUCCUCCAAGCCCAGCGGUGAUUUCACCUCCUUUGUUGGGGACUUCAAACUGCUCAACACUCUGCUUCCACUCGUGAGUCCCCGGGUGUGCUCCACGGCAGGCGGAGUCUAUGCAGUUAUUGAGGGAUAUUCAGGUCCAUCCAACAUCCAGUUCACAGCCGUCACGUCGGAUUCGCUCAGGUUCCGCUGGAAUUCUGCAGGCGGGCCUUUGAGAGGCUACGUGGUCCAGUACGUGCCCCUCUCGAGCACGGGUCAGCCUAUCUCGGCAGAACUGCGCCAGGAGACCGUGUCUGGCAGCCAGAGGACCUUUACAGCACGAGAGCUGAAGUCGGGAACAGACUACCUCGUGACCGUCAUUGCUCAAUACCCCAACAGUGUGGGAGAGUCGGUUUCUGCAAAGCAGCAAACGAAGACCCCGCCUGGGCUCUCAGGUUUUCGUUUGGUCCAAGCAGGCGUCUUCAGUCUCUCUCUGGGAUGGGAUAAGCCGUCAUCUCCUGUCCAGGGAUACAGACUUACCUACGGACCCCAAGGUCAGACAGCCGACCAGAAGUUGGUGCAGUCUCUGUCAGCAGACGCCACGUCUGUCAAACUGGAGACACUUCAGCCUGACACAGAGUACGUCAUCAGCCUCUACCCUCUAUUCCCUCCAAACCCUGCAUCUCCAGCCACCCUCACUGCCCGCACACUGCGCCUGGAGGCGGUGAAGCAGUUAUCAGUGCAGAAGGAGUCAGAGGGCAACGUUCGAGUGCAGUGGAGAGGCGUCGACGGCGCACAGAGCUACCGUCUGGAGUGGGGACCGGUCACAGAAUCCAACCUCACUUUGCUUCAUCUCCCUCCAAAACCCCAAAAUGCCAAAACCGUCGCAGGAGAAAGCGAGGCGCACAUGUUAUCCCAAAUUCAGUCCGACACAGAGUACGUCCUCAAUGUGAUCCCCCUCUAUCAGGGAAAUGCUGAGGGCCCGAGGGAAACGGCGACAUUCAGGAUGGAACGCCAGGAGCAGCAGGUCCUCAACGCAGUGACCACCAGUCCCUCCUCCAUCCGCCUCACCUGGAGGAUCAUCGCUUCCUCGCAGGGCUACCGCCUGGAGUGGCGGGCUGGCGAAGGUGGCCGUCCCCAGACCUUGUCUUUACCCCGGAGCACCAGCAAAUACGAGUUAACCGGCCUUCAGCCCAACACGGAGUACCUCAUCACCUUGUACACACUGUUUGAAGGCCGUGAGGAGGCCACGCCCGUCUCUUUCACAGCCAUAGUUCCAGAGGUGCAGCCAGUGGGGAGGAUAUCCAACCUGAGAGUGCUGGAGUCUUUGGGCAGCACGGUCAGACUUGGCUGGACGGGUGUUGCUCGGGCCACACAGUACCGCGUUGUGAUCCGAAGCCCUGCAGUGGGAUUGGAAGAUACUCAGUUUGUCCCCGGGAACCAGACGACAUUCGAUCUCAGGAAUCUAAUCGUGGGGGUGAUCUAUGAUGUUAGUGUUACAGUUCUGGUGGGAGGCGAUGAAGGCGAGCCAGUGAGCAUCUUUGUCAAACCAGAACAAGAUGUCGGCAGAGUUUCCAACCUCAGAGUCACACAUGCAAACAGCCGGAGAAUUCGUAUAGCCUGGACGGGUAUUAGUGGAGCAACAGGUUAUAGCAUUACAUGGAAACAAGGCAAUAGUGCGGAACAGUCCCGUGAGGUGAGGGCAGGGACCUCGGUCUUUACGAUAGACGACCUGACACCAGAUGAGGCUGUGGUGUUUGGCGUGGCGGCCCUGUUCAAUGACGGUCGUGUUGGGGAGGCGGUCAAGCUCUCCUCCCGGACCAACCCGCACACUGGAACCGUUUCUGACCUUCGCAUCGUUGACGUCACAUCUGGCAGGAUACGGAUAGCAUGGUCACCUACUUCCAGGGCAACUGGCUAUAAGAUAAGAUGGCGCCGUGAUGACGAUGGAGUGGAGGCAACUCAGAAUGUAGCCGCUGAUGUCGCUUCCUUCACCAUUGAUGGACUAAGGUCCGAUUCUUCCUACAGCGUCUUUGUGUCUGCUCUGAGUGGCUCCCGAGAAGGAAGUCCUGCCUCCAUGAAUGUCAGAACAGGAACAACAGAACAAUUACAGUCCGUGGUCGGGACAGUGUCGUCGGUCCAAGUCCAGGAGAACCCAGGAGAGUUUGUUAGAAUUACCUGGGUUGGUGUACCAGGAGCAACAGCCUACCGGGUGUCAUGGAGGAGAGCAAAUGGUGGUGAAGAAGUGAGUCAGUUGGUGGCAGGAACCGUGACCGCUGUGAAUUUAGACCAACUGGACCCCGGUACCCAGUAUGAGGUUAAGGUCAUGGCUUUAGUCCAGAACCGGGAAGGAACGCCAGUGUCUGUCCGUGUCACCACACCUGGCGGACUCACGACCACACCUUUACGAGUGGCGGAGAUAACCCAGGAUUCUGUGCGGCUUGGCUGGAUUUCCUUACCGGGCGCAACAGGAUACAUUCUGCGCUGGAGGCAGGAAACGGACCGCGGUCCAGGAUCGUCGGUCCAGCUGCCCGCUUCAGCCAGCUACUACCAGGUGACCGGGCUUCGUCUGGGUCAUCAAUACCGGUUUACCAUACAGCCCACUUUCCAAAGCGGACUGGGAAGAGAGAGUUUUGCCACUGAACGCACCGUGUGUGUGGGUGGACGUCUGGAUGUGGUCUUUCUUGUCCCGGCAUCCACUGAUCGGGUGAACCUUGCCAGACCUUUGCGGGCUCUUCUCACAAGUGCAGCUGGGUCAUUCAGCACGAUCGGAGCCCGUGACUCACAGGUGGGGGUUGUUCCGUACGGUUAUAGACCCAAAAUAUGGUUCCCGCUUAAUCGUCACAGCAGGUCCGACACACUGCUUCAAGAAAUUCAGUCCAUACCCUUUGAUGAAAGCCCCGGAAAUAACAUUGGCCAGGCGGUGACUUACGCCACACAAUAUCUCCUGACCACCCCAGCUGGACGGAGGCCAACGGUACCUGGGGUCGUUGUAAUCGUUGCUGAUAAAAAAUCUACAGACAACCUCACGCAUGCAGCCAACAGCCUCCGGGCAUCAGGUGUUAUGGUGUUGGCAGUCAGUAUAGAUCAGGCGGAUGCGGAGGAAUUACGGCGGGCCGUGACAGACGGCAGCGCCCAAAACAUCCUGUUUGCACGCGAUGCCGCCCAGUUGGAAACUAUCUAUACUGAUCUGGCAAAUUUGCUCUGUGGCUAUGCGAGACUCCCAGAGGAAAAGCCAGGUACGGAACGGUGUACCACUCAGUGUCCUCAGGGAGACAAGGGAGAUCGCGGAGAAAAGGGGGAAAGAGGCAGGGAUGGUGUGGAUGGACGCAAAGGAGAACCCGGUCGGGAUGGAUUCCCUGGAAGAGAUGGUCCGAGAGGUCCUGAAGGGCGUCCAGGUCCACCAGGUCCGUCUGUCCCCAGUCAACCCACAGCGGGCUUAAAAGGGGAGAAGGGCGACAGAGGUUUUCCUGGUGUUGAUGGAAAUCCAGGAAUACCAGGGCGACCGGGUUCUCCAGGAAACACAGGGCUUCCAGGUUCACAGGGCCAGCCGGGUGUCAGAGGAACCUCUGGCGGACCUGGCAUACCAGGGUUGGAUGGUGCAAAGGGAGAUAAAGGUGAAAGGGGGGAGCCAGGCUCCGUAACAGGAGGCGUGUAUCCAGGAAGGAAAGGAGAGCCAGGCACACCAGGAAUACCUGGGACGCCCGGUCGGCCAGGAAUUGAUGGCAUCAAAGGUACACCAGGGAUUCCAGGUGCACCAGGGCAAGAUGGUCGCCCAGGGAUACCAGGAACGCCAGGACUGUCCAUCAAGGGAGACAGGGGCAGCCCUGGAGAGCGGGGACUUCCAGGAGUCGGCGGCGGGGAGGUCGUCACUGGCGAAAAGGGCUCCCCAGGUUCUCCCGGACCUCCAGGAGUGCAAGGUCCUAGAGGGCUAUCCGGAUCACAGGGGGCCAAGGGAGACAAGGGUGACAGUGCUGUUGGGCUGCCAGGACCAGCAGGCAGGCAGGGAGACCCUGGUGACAGGGGUCCUCGCGGGCCUCCAGGAGAAAUUGGCAGUAAGGGGGAUCGAGGGCAGCCGGGUGAGCCUGGAUCGCAAGGAGACCGGGGAGAAAGAGGACUAUCUGGUGAAACAGGAGAGCGAGGGGACCCGGGCAAACCAGGCUCCUCUGGACUACCAGGGCUGAGGGGUCUCCCAGGGCCCAGUGGAGCGGCGGGAGAAAAGGGAAGCGAAGGCACACGAGGGGAACCAGGCCGAAGUAUUCAAGGUCCUCCAGGGAAGAAAGGGGAACAGGGAGAGUUGGGUCUCAGCGGUCCCGAGGGGCCCAGGGGACCGAAGGGAGAAGCCGGCCAGAGAGGAGAGAAAGGGUCUUCAGGGUCAGGUGCGGGCAUGAUUGGACCUAAAGGAGAGCGAGGCGAGCCAGGACUUCCAGGUAUCAGCAGUAGGCCGGCUGCCAAGGGAGUCGCCGGUGAACCAGGAGAGAGAGGAGAGGACGGCCGGCCGGGAAGUCCAGGGAAGCCUGGGCCUGCGGGGAAGCAGGGAGAAAGAGGGGAGAAAGGAGAUGAAGGCACUCCUGGCGAGUCAGGACUUCCUGGGAAGCCUGGAGAACGAGGACUGAGGGGACUCGCAGGUCAGCCUGGUCAGCCUGGAGAGAAAGGAGACGCCGGAGAGCCAGGAGAGCUCGGGCGAAAUGGGAGCCCUGGAUCUGCUGGGCCCAGAGGGGAGAAAGGACAACAGGGACUUCAAGGACCUCCAGGGCCACCAGGGAAAGUGUCGGACAUCCAAGGCCAGCUGAAAGGCGAGCGAGGCGAAAAGGGUGAAUCAGGCGACUCAGGAGCGAACGGUAGCAAAGGCCAAAAAGGUGAAGCCGGAACUCCUGGAGCCGUGGGCCUAAGAGGUCCUGAGGGACAACGUGGGCAAGCAGGCUCCAGAGGUGACACAGGAGAGAGGGGGAGCCCUGGAGACAAGGGAGAAAGAGGAGCCUCCGGGUUGGACGGUCGUCCUGGUGUGGAUGGUAAACCAGGUGUUGCCGGACCACCUGGUCAAAGGGGUGAUCCUGGGAAGAUUGGAGAUGCUGGAAGAGAUGGUUUACCAGGACUUAGAGGUGAGCAGGGUCCCAUUGGGCCUACAGGACCUCCAGGCAAUCCAGGGACACCUGGUAAAGCAGGUGAAGAUGGCAAACUUGGGCUUCCCGGCAAAAUGGGCGAAGAUGGUGUGCCAGGGGAAGAUGGGAGAAAGGGCGAUAAAGGAGAUGGAGGAGCGGCUGGACGAGAUGGCCGUGAUGGACAAAAAGGAGAGCGGGGUUCAGCUGGGACUCCAGGCCCCACUGGACCCCCGGGACUACCUGGUGUGCCUGGCAGCAUCGGCCCCCCUGGACAGGUGGUGUACUUCAAAGGAAGUGAAGCAGCACCAAUCCCAGGCCCGCAGGGUCCCGCAGGAACACCUGGUGUACCAGGGAUUCCUGGAGCUCUGGGUUCCCGAGGUGAGAGAGGUCCUCCGGGUCUAAAAGGGGAAACUGGAGAUCCAGGAGAGGACGGAGCACCUGGCAAACCUGGAAGUGCCGUGGACGUACAGAAGGCUCUGGCCAGCCUCGGGAUUCAGGUGUCUGACCUGAAGGUGGUUGUGGACAAGAAGGACCCCCCUUCGGUUCCGGUGCAGAAGGCGCAAAGAGGCGAAAAGGGAGACAUGGGUGAGCCUGGUCCGAGGGGACCAGCUGGUGCAGAUGGGACACGCGGUUUUGCAGGGGACAGAGGGUCAAAGGGGGACCAAGGAGAGCGAGGUCCAGCGGGAACACCUGGGCUUCCUGGAAGAGCCAUUGGGGAGCGUGGACCCACGGGACCCUCGGGGCCUGCAGGGGAGCCAGGAAAGCCAGGAAUACCAGGAGUGCCUGGGAGAGCCGGGGAAACCGGAGAGGUUGGAAGACCAGGGGAGAAGGGUGAUCGAGGAGAAAAGGGAGACAGAGGAGAAUCUGGUAAAGUAGGGCUUACUGGGCCGUCUGGUGCACCGGGUCAAAAGGGGGAAUCUGCUGACUCAGUACUCACCGGUGCACCUGGAACCAGAGGCCCUCCCGGACUGGCAGGACCCAAAGGAGAGCCCGGCGCUCCUGGGCCGCAGGGGUCUAAAGGUGACCGGGGAUUUGAAGGACAACGCGGUGAUAAAGGAGACCGGGGCGGGUCUGGAGAGAAGGGACGUGAUGGCUCACAGGGAAUACCGGGGGACCCUGGUAAACCUGGUCAGGAUGGGAAACCGGGUCCAUCAGGGCCUGCCGGUCCUCGAGGCCAAGUGGGAAACCCAGGAGAGCCUGGCAUCAGGGGACUAUCGGGCUCUUUGGGUCCAAAUGGACUCCCUGGUCCACCAGGUGUGAAGGGGACUCAAGGAGAGCCAGGGGUUGGCGUUCAGGGUCCUCCUGGUGCCCAAGGCAGCACCGGUCUGCCAGGAAACCAGGGUCCUCCAGGAGCUGUGGGUCCACAGGGGCCUCCAGGCUUGUCCGGGCAGGUGGGAGAAGCUGGAAAGCCAGGGAUCCCUGGUAGAGAUGGAGUGUCUGGAAAAGAUGGAAUACCUGGCAUGCCAGGGAAGCAGGGCAUUGUUGGGCCUCCGGGCCAGCCGGGCCUAAAGGGGGAGCUUGGAGACAGUGGUCCUCCAGGGAAGGCUGUAGCGGGACCCCCUGGUGCCAAAGGAGAGCGGGGUCUUCCGGGACUAACGUUACCAGGCAUGCCAGGAGACCAAGGUCAGCCUGGUGAAAAGGGGGCCCGAGGGGAAAAAGGGGCUGCUGGUAUCAAAGGCGAGCGAGGUGAGGUUGGUGAGGCAGGAGAGCCUGGAGAAGAUGGAGAGAAAGGACCUUUUGGGCCAAAAGGAGAUAAGGGAGAGAGAGGCAUCGGAAUGGCCGGUCCUGCGGGUCGGGUCGGUCCUCAAGGCUUAAAGGGUGAUCCGGGCCUCCCCGGUCUAUCUGGGCCUCCGGGGCCACAGGGAAAGUCUGGUGAAGUUGGUGCUCCUGGUCUGAGAGGGGAAAGUGGGAACCCAGGACCUCCUGGGCCACCUGGAGAAAGGGGCCUCCAAGGAUUUGUGGGCCGGGCAGGAAAUUCUGGACCUCCAGGUCCUCCUGGACCUCCUGGGGAGGCUGGUUCUCCCGGUACCAAUGGGGUCAAAGGAGACAAGGGCGAGACUGGACUCGGUGUCACGGGACCAAGAGGAGAGAGGGGAGAGGCAGGAGUCAGAGGCGAGGAGGGUCGUCCUGGAUCGGAUGGGGAGCGGGGGCUAACAGGUCUACCAGGACUGCGUGGCGCUCGGGGAGAGAAGGGAGAUGGAGGCCUUCAAGGAGACAAAGGAGAGAAGGGCGACACUAUGCUGGUGGGCGGACCUCCUGGAGAAAAGGGCAGCGGAGGAGAGCAAGGUGACAGAGGGCCAAAGGGUGUGCAAGGAGAAAAAGGAACAAAGGGUCAAGAGGGUCCACCAGGACAGCAGGGUCUUAGAGGAGAGCCGGGGGACAAAGGAUCCACUGGCUUCCCUGGUGCUCGUGGUCCUGGUGGGCAGAAGGGAGAAGAAGGUCAGGCCGGCAUGUCUGGUGAACCGGGUUUGCCAGGAAAAGACGGGCUGACAGGUCUCAAGGGGAACAAAGGAGAGAUGGGCAUUGUCGGGAUGAGAGGAAUUAAGGGCGACCGUGGACUCAAGGGGCUUUGUGGAGGCGAUGGACCCAAAGGAGAGAAGGGGCUGGGUGGUUCUCAUGGGCGACCAGGUCUAACCGGAAGAAAAGGUGAACAGGGAGACAUCGGCCCAACUGGAGCCCACGGCAUCCCAGGAAAAGAAGGUCUAAUCGGUCCUAAGGGGGACCGCGGCAUCGAUGGUGUCGAGGGCCCCAAAGGCACUCAGGGAGACAAAGGCGAAAGAGGUCCGCCAGGUGUCCCUGGACCUCCUGGUCCCAGAGGAGUGGACGGGGCACCUGGACUCACAGGCCCUCAGGGACCAGGUGGUGCUAAAGGCCCCGAGGGACUCCAAGGACAGAAGGGCGAGAGAGGGCCUAUUGGUCCUGCCAUGGUGGGACCACGUGGUGCAGCCGGCAUCCCAGGGGAGCGUGGAGAGACGGGGGAGAUGGGCCCAGAUGGAGCCAAAGGAGAGAGAGGAGAGCCAGGCAUGACGGAGCAUGAGGUCAGAGAAUAUGUCCGCUCCGAGAUGAGUCAGCACUGUGGUGAGUCUUUGGUGCAGCCGCCGCCAUUGCUAAUUCAUGAGUGCGCUGUCCUCAAGUUGAACUUCAGAUAAGACGGCCGCCUUGGAUGAGAGAAGUUUUAACUACAGCAGUGUCACCGCUCUUAAAACUGACCUUUUCUUUU